AUGUUCAGUUGGGGAGGCAGAGUGGCGCCCCAUACCGCGACUCCAAUCGGGAGGUUGCUGAAUCUGAGGGCCGAUUUCUCCUCGUGCUCCAAAUUGUUCGUCGGAGGUAUGUCCUAUGACACCAACGAGAUCGCUCUCAAGGAUGCAUUCUCGCAGCAUGGCGAUGUUGUCGAAGUGAAAGCGAUAUGUCACCCGGACCCGGUGACGGGUAGAUCCAAAGCUUACGGGUUCGUCAAGUUCUCUUCGGAAACGGAAGCAGCCACAACAUUGGAGAAGAUGAGCGAUGAGGUACUUGAUGGUAGGAGCAUACGGGUGCCCUACGCGAACCGCGGAUGA